AUGCAUCUAUUCAAGGAGGGCAUCGUGCCCAAGUGGGAGGACCCUCAGUCGACACGCACCUGCCAUCUUAUCCAUGGCCUCUCCUUCCUCGCAUUCCGACUCCCCCUCCAUCCCCUUCCCCCCCUGCCCCCCCUUUCCCUCCCACUCCUCCUCCCCCUCUCACCCCCCCUCCCUCCCCUUCACAGCCUGUACAACAAUGUGACGUCAGCAGCCACUCUCCCCCCCAGGAUGGACAUGCAUCUAUUCAAGGAGGGCAUCGUGCCCAAGUGGGAGGACCCGCAGUGCGAGAAGGGCGGCUCCUGGACCGUCUUCUGCCGCACCAAAGACAUGUUUGAUAACAAUGUGGUGAGUGUGGCUCAAUGUGGUGAGUGUGGCUCAAUGUGGUGA